AUGGAUGCUAGUAAUGCUUUUAAUUCAAUUAACAGGUUAGCACUCCUUUGGAAUGUACGUGUCUUAUGGCCUCGCGCCUCCCGAUUCAUCUAUAACACUUAUAGGGGCUGGUCCCCAUUGAUAAUGAAAGGGAGCCCUGAUGUUAUUCUUAGUAAGGAAGGUGUCACACAAGGUGACCCUCUCUCAAUGUUCAUUUAUGCUGUGGCCACUGUCCCUCUCAUAUGCAAACUCAAUCAGAUCUCUGGUGUGACCCAAUUGUGGUAUGGAGAUGACUCCUACGCCAUUAUUGGUCUCUCUCAACUUCGUGUGUGGUUUGAUCUUCUAAUUAAGAUUGGUCCACAUUAUGGCUACUUUCUAGAGCCCCGCAAGAGCAGUCUGAUUAUAAAGAGCAAUGUCUCCGUUGAAGACACUAGAGGAUUCAGUGAUGUAGAAGUUAAUGUUGUUACUAGUUGUCGGUUUCUUGGUGGCACUAUUGGAAGUGAUGUGGGUCGUGACGAGUUUGUCUCUUUGAAAUCUGAGGAGUGGGAACACCAUGUCAAUUUGUUAUCUGAUAUAGCUAAAGACCAACCACAGGCAGCCUAUGUUGCCCUGACAAAAUCUCUUCAGAAUGAGUGGGCAUUCCUACAGAGCGUUAUUCCACACUGUUGCCACCAUUUCCAACAAGUUGAGAACGCUCUAUCAAGUAAAUUUAUACCAACCUUGAUUGGGCACAACAUUACACCUAUAGACCGCGACCUCUUCUCUCUACCCGUACGACAUGGAGGACUAUGUAUCAGGAAUCCCACUAUUACAGCUGACUCACUGUACUCUACCUCUAGAUGUGCCACUCGGCUGUUAGUUGAUGCAAUUAAAGGACAGAGCAACUAUUCUUUCUCUGAUCAUUAUGAUUUAGUUUCUAGUACAAGAACAGAAUAUCUCAAGUCUCAAGAGGUCUUCUAUAGUCAAGUCUAUGACACCAUCUUUGAUAAGUCUGACCCCAUGAUUCAGAGACUACUAACUAGAAACAAGCAUAACCUCUCUGCUAGGCUCACAGCUCUCCCUGUUCGAAAGGAUGAUUUUAACCUAUCUUCUGUCGAGUUUAGGGACGCUCUCUGUCUGAGAUACAUGAAACCAUUGCUACAGUUACCACCCGUGUGUGAUGGAUUUAAUGCUCCAUUUACUACUACCUAUGCAUUAGAUUGUAGAAAGGGUGGACUUGUUAUACAUCGUCAUCAUGAAAUCAGAGACCCUUUUCAUGAGCUAUCCUCUCUUGUUUGGUCCUGUACUGUUAAGGAGCCAGUGAUUCGGGAUGGAAGCUUGUCAGAUCCCCCAUGUGAAACCCUCAUUGCUGAUUUUAGUGCUAGGGGGGUUUUGCAGCCUCAAGCCACAGCUCUCUUUGAUGUACGUGUGAUCAAUACAGAUGCCCCAUCUUACAUCAACAAGACACCUGAUACUGUUCUUAAGAACGCUGAAAAAGAAAAGAAAAUGAAAUAUGGUUGUGCCUGUGAAGAUAGACAUGCCAUUGUGUAUUUCCAUUGAUGGGCUAUUGGGUAAAGAGAUGGAAUCCUUUGUUUGACGUCUGGCCGAGAGUUUAGCUACAAAGUGGGAUCGCCAGCUCAGUACCACACUAUACUGGGUAAGAGCCAAACUGUCCUUCUCACUGAUUCGUGCUGUUAAUAUGUGCGUUAGAGGAUCUCGUCAUAAAUGGCAGGGGAUCGGUAUGGAGGAUGGAAAUGGUAUCAACCCCAGUUUUUUAAAUUAACUACUUAAUUAGAACUAUAUUUUCAU